AUAACCCUUAGCUUUAUGGAGCAAUGCUUUGUUGGCCAGCUACCUUAUUCAUGUUCACUCACUGUUUGUUCUAUUGUUUACUUUUCAGCWAUUGGAAGAUUGUGCGAGAAAUGUGAUGGAAAGUGUGUGAUCUGUGACUCGUAUGUGAGGCCUUGCACACUGGUGCGCAUCUGUGACGAGUGCAACUACGGGUCGUACCAGGGUCGCUGUGUCAUAUGUGGAGGUCCCGGGGUGUCUGACGCUUACUACUGCAAAGAGUGCACCAUCCAGGAGAAAGACCGAGAUGGAUGCCCCAAGAUUGUGAACUUAGGCAGUUCAAAGACUGACCUUUUCUAUGAACGGAAGAAGUAUGGCUUCAAGAAGAGGUGAAGACAGGCCUGUCCAACGAGUGCUUUGCUUCUGUUUUUUUGUAUUAACGUUUUUACCUUUUUUUGUGUGAACAUGUUUUGACAAUACAAUAAAGCUUUAUUUUACAUUA